AUGGCCAAUAUGAUUGAGCAGCUGGAUGCUCUCAUCGCAGAUACCCUCUCCGCCUGGAAUCUCUAUACCACCCUGAUUGCCUUGGCUCUGUUUGCAUUUGUAGCAUAUCCUCUCAUCUUUUGGGCCGAGCCUGAUGCUCAUCCUCUACUUCUCGCCCGUCAAGCUGCCGCCUCUCCCGUCCGUCAGCCCCGUGAGUCUGCCGUCUACCGCUCCACUGAAGUUCCCCAUGGCUAUGCUCUAAAGACUGGUCUUUCCGUCCGCGAACCUGGUGCCCCCAAAUGGACUGCCGGCAAGGAUGGUGAUCUCAGAGACAUCUGGCGUGAGGCUGUCAACACAACCGCCAAACCCACCAUUGUAUCUGUCCAUGGGAAAGAGUCGAUUUUUGAGCACGACUACACCACUCUGUCGAAACUCAUCAACAUCAUUGGUUCUCACCUGCAAAAAUCAGGCAGUCAAAGAAUUGCCAUUUACGCGCCAAACUCUGUUCAAUACCUCGUUACCAUCUUCGCCUGCUCGUUCUAUGGCUUGACUCCAAUCCUGGUCCCCUUCAAUCAAGACCACGAUGGUGCCUGCAAGCUCCUCGAGCAGACACAGGCUCAAUGUGUGAUUGCUACUGCUGGCUCUUUGCCCCUUGCUAGUCUUACCGAAAAUGUUCCGUCUCUGCGUCAAGUCGUUUGGGUCGCAGAUUCUGCCAGCAAGCACAUGGAUUGGCAAGGUGCUCCUGAGCAUGAGACCAGAGGCAAGCUUGAUGUGUCAGUCUGGCAUAAUCUUGUAGCAGAGGCUUCCUCGGCAAGCAGCGAGUUGCCCAAGAACGAUGAGACUAUGGUUCCUGGCAACUUGGUCUUCCUCUGGCAGAAAAGCAUCAAUGGCCCUGCAGAAGUGGUCGAGUUCACUCAGAAGAACAUGGUUGCAGCGAUUGCCGCUCUGAUAUCUGCCCUGCCGCUACGUCAGCGUCUGGGACCUUCCGAUGUUGUGUUGCCAGCUGAUUCAUUCAGCCAUUCCUAUGUCCUCUGUCUGACUAUGGCUGCGCUUUUCAGUCACGCUAGCCUUGCUCUCAACUCUGUUGCCGGCCCUGGUGUCGAUCUUGUUCUUGCCUCUCGUGGUGCGGCACCUACAGUAAUCAUUGCCUCGUCUCAAUCUCUUGCAAACUUGCAUCAAGCUCACAUGCCGGGAUCGUCUUCUGGCCUCGGCAAAUAUUCGCACUCGCAUCACGGUCGCGCUCUUGCUGCCGGCCGUAUGCCUGGAGAAGAUCUGUUGUACAGAGCGUUUGCUCCCAAGAGUAUCGCCAUUGGUUAUGGCAAGCUGCGUCUCAUUCUCGCUUCUGAGAGAGCCGGCACUGAAGCCGACGCUCUGAGCAGUGCCGCACUUCGUGACCUUCGCAUCAUCACACGCUCUAGAAUCUGCUAUGCCUUGACUGCCUCAUCGGUGGCCGGCGCUGUGGCACAGAGCAACAUCUACGACUACAGGCAUGUCGACCGUCCAGGACACAGCCAUUUUGGUGCGCCUCUGAGCAGUGUUGAGAUCAAGCUCGUGGACAAGGAUGAUAACAAAGUUGAUGGCACUACACCUUCAGGCGAGAUUGUGGUUUCUGGUCCUGCUGUGGUUGGAGGUGAAAGCAAUCUUGGAGUGCGAGGCAUCUUCCACGAAGACUGCACAUUGGGUUAUGCAUAA